AUGUGUGACCAGCAGAAGCAGCCACAGUUCCCCCCAUCUUGUGUGAAAGGUUCAGGAUUGGGAGCUGUACAGAGUACCAAAUGUACCUCUGUGAAAUGCCCAGCUCCAUCCCAGACUCAAGCCUGUGUGAAAUGCCCAGCUCCAUGCCCGACUCAAACAUAUGUGAAAUGUGUAACUCCUUGCCAGACUCAAACCUAUGUGAAAUGCCCACCUCCAUGCCCAACUCAAACCUAUGUGAAAUGCCAAGUUCCAUGCCAGACUCAAACCUAUGUGAAAUAUGCAACUCCUGGCCAGAUGUAUGUGAAAUGCCCAGCUCCAUCCUAUGUGAAAUGCCCAGCUCCUUGUCAGACAUACAUGAAGUGCCCAGCUCCAUGCCAGACAACCUAUGUGAAGUGCCCAGCCCCCUGCCAGACCCAGGCAUGCUAUGGCCAGGGCCCUUCUCCUGGCCAGACCUACUACGUUCAGGCUCCUGCAAGUAGCUCGACCACCUCAUGCCGUGUACCUGAUCCAUGCUCUGCACCCUGUUCCACCAGCUACUGCUGCCUGGCUCCCCGGACCUUCGGGGUGAGUCCCCUGAGACGCUGGGUCCAGCGACCCCAGGACUGCAGCUCAGGAUCAUCUGGCUGCUGCGAAGAUUCUGGGUGCUGCAGCUGUGGGGGCUGUGGUUCUGGGUGCUCCUGUUUGGGGAUUAUCCCCAUGAGGUCCCGAGGUCCUGCGUGCUGUGAUCGUGAGGAUGACUGCUGCUGUUAA